AUGGGUUCGUCUAAUGGUGGUGUGCCCCCGGGAUUUAGAUUUCAUCCCACAGAUGAAGAGCUGCUUCUUUACUACUUGAAGAAAAAGGUUUCCUUUCAGAAGUUUGACAUGGAUGUUAUAAGAGAGGUGGACUUGAACAAGAUGGAGCCUUGGGACUUGCAAGAAAGAUGUAGAAUUGGCUCAACUCCACAAAACGAGUGGUAUUUCUUCAGUCACAAAGACAGAAAAUACCCUACAGGAUCAAGGACUAACAGAGCAACAAAUGCAGGGUUUUGGAAAGCAACAGGAAGAGAUAAAUGCAUUAGGAAUAGCUACAAGAAGAUUGGAAUGAGAAAAACCCUUGUGUUUUACAAAGGUAGAGCUCCUCAUGGACAAAAGACUGAUUGGAUCAUGCAUGAGUACCGUUUGGAAGAUGGCAACGAUCCUCAAGGAAAUACUAAUGAAGAUGGCUGGGUGGUGUGUAGAGUGUUCAAGAAGAAAAACCUGUUUAAGAUUGGAAAUGAAGGUGUCUCUACACAUAAUGCAGACCAACAAAUCAAUAAUUCCUCAACCUGCAAUACACGCCCCUUCAUACACAGAGAAAAUCAUUACUUAUUACAUCAACAACAAAACUCGAAGAACCCAUCAGGAUUUGAACUUGAUAAGCCUGAGCUUGCUCUACACUACCCACAUUUGCAAAACCCUCAAUACUCACUCUUUCAGGCACAGCCUCUUCUUCAGAAACCUAUGGUUUAUGACUACUCAUAUGCAUCAUCUCUACCGUCCGACACCCCUAUCACCGCAAAGCAACUCAUGACAAACCCAAGAGAUUGUGAGAGUGGCAGUGAUGGUUUAAGAUAUCAAGUUUCAGAAUCUGGCAUGGAAGCUGCCUCAUGCGAGCCAAAUCAAGAAAUGGGUGUUGGAAGAGGUGAAGGAAUAAAUGAAUGGGGUGUUCUUGAUAGGCUCGUGACCUCCCAUCUUGGAAAUGAAGAUUCAACCAAAGGAGUUCGGUUUGAAGAAGCAAAUCCACAGUCUGUUCACCAAAUCAACCAACUUUCAUUGAGAGGAGAAAUGAACUUUUGGGCUUAUGGAAAACAAUGA